ACCCCUGGUUACCAGCGGUCUUAGUAAGUUACGGACUGCAUGCAAGUGCACAUCAUAUUGACGGCUGUCUCUCAUUUGAUCUCGAUGUUUUUCGUUGUUUGUUUUUUCUCGCCUGUAUAUUAAAAUCUCGCGCAACGUUUUUCUGGGAUAAAUCUAGAAAACUGAUUCGGAAUUUGUAAAUUUGUCAACUUACGAAGAUUUAGAUAGUCAACGACGACAGAUAGAGAGGAAAAACAGGUUCGCGCGAAGGACGGCAAUUCAACGACGACAAAACAGUGUGAUACGCGACGAAGAAGAAAAACAGACCUCGGAAGAAGUGCGCGUGUGCAACACGAGUGCCCGCGGUUUUACCGCCCGUUUUAAUUGUCGCGCUAUUAUUUAAUCUUUUGCCGAUUGCAUUUUUCUGCAUGUCGUACAGAAAAAAAACAAUUUAUCAAAAGAUAUACAAAUAAUAUUGAGUUAUAAAUUGAAUAAUUUGAGAGAUAUAACUUGCAUAUAAGCAAAAAAAAAGUGUAUGCAAGGAGGCCGCAACCAGAAAGCGUGCAAGAAAAGUGGAAAAGAGGGAAGGACUAUUCAUUUCCGAAGGCGGAGACUUCCUGCCACGCUUUUCUUUUUUCCUCUCCCCUCUCAAUUCCCUCGUAUGCUCGUAUUUUGUAUAAUUGUGAAGUGUCCUCGCGACGUACGAGAACCGCGUAUCGCGAAGGUACACGUAACGGAAUUGCUAUACUUCUCUAAAUCGCGGUCACAUGAGCGUGCACGUGUGACGCAUCUGAGGUGCUGCGGUCAACCGCACAGUAACGGACAAAUUACGCGAGAAUUCUGCACGCAAGAUAUACUAGUAAGGGGAAUUCUUCUCGAUCGAGCGCGCCGCGCCGGCGGAUCUCGCGUGAUUAUUAGAUACAGCGUUGCUCGCGUGUGACGACAGCCAGUGGACCCUCGCACGAACACCAUCAAUUUAUCCAAAGCUUUCAUUAUACGGAACAGCCACUGACAGCCAGCAAGGUGAUAGAGACAACCAAAAAAAAAGAGAAAUAGAAAGAAAGAAAGAGAGAGAGAAAGAGAGAAAGAGAGAAAGAGAUGACAGGCAAAUAAAGCCAUAUGGAUAACGAUACAAAGGAUUGGCAAAACGCAGUGUGGAUAACAAAUAAUAAUCGCCGUUAUCUCAUUUGAACGAGACUAGAUCCGUCAGGUUUUUUAAUCUCGAUAGGAGAUCCAAUCAGAAUUGUUGACAAGGAAGUAGGAAAUUGAUUACCUGUCUAUAGUAAAAAAUUCUACGAGCACCAUGAGUAACGAGAAAAACCUUAAAUUUACAUCAUCAAAUUCAAAAAUCUCUAAAAAACAUCGAAAGGAUCAGUGCUGCGGACGAUGUUCAGAUCAUAACGUAAAAAAUAUAAGGGUCGCAGGACACAAGAGAUAUUGCCCAUACAGAAAUUGUACUUGUGAAAUUUGCAUAAGAUAUCUAGAAAAAAAGAGAGAAUCGGCAAACAAGAUAGCUUUAAAAAGAGCACAAAAAUUAGAUACAGAACGUAAAAGAUUACCUCAAGAGGUACCACCAGAACCUAUAAAAACUAAUGAGCACCGAAAGUGUAGCAUCCACAGUUUAGUGUACAAUAUUUGGGAGCAGAUGCACAAUCCUCGUUUCGAGAGUUAUAUUUCUCCGCAGAUGUUCCGCAUCUUCAGAAUUCUCAUCAGAUAUACCUACGACUUGGAAAGGGGCUAUGAUUCUCCUGAACUUUUGAAAUUAGCUCAAAACAAGGUUUUACACGUCAUUUAUGAAGACUCAUUGGCAAUCCAACAGGCGGCAUGCUGUUACCUCGCGCCACCAGUUGUUCCACACGAGGAACUUUUUGGAAUAAGAUCACUACAUUAUCCAUUCCAAAAUUUUCCAAUUUGGUCCACUGACCGCUUAUCAAUAUUAGCGGCAAAUACAUUUUCGUUCCCUGAAAACUCGCUUAAACCUCCCGCUGAAUCCUCUACUGAACCUUUCAUUGAUCCUUCUACUGAACCUUCAUCCGAACCUUCUGAAUUUUCUACUGACCAUUCUACUGAAUCUUCUACAUAUUGGUAAGUCUAUUUCAUUUUUUUUUUUUUUAAUUAAGUGUUUGGAUCACAGAAAUAAGCUUUAAUUACAUAUUCAAAUUCAGAAACACAGAAACUUAUAUCUUAACUGUGCUUCAUAAGAGGGAUGAUGAAAUCGAAUUCGAUAUAAGCGUUGUAUGAGAAAAAGAUUAGUUUUUCGGUUUAAAACAUAAAUCGCAGUCUCCAUUACUGCCGAUGAUCUUCCUUUGUUUGGAUCGUUGAGAGUUCGAGUCGUAAUCGCAAAUCCGGUGCACAUAAAAUAGAUUUUAAGCUAUAAAAUUCCCUUCCUUCAGAGAGCCACGCAGACCGCGGCGUUUAAAUCGGCAAACGGCUGCUCAUUCUUCUGGCUCGAGCCGCCUGUGUUCUUAUGUUGUUCUUUUACUUCUUUCUUUAUCACUAGAUCUUUUCUCCCUUUAAAUUCUUGUUCUUUUAGCAUCCGCAGUUAUCGAAAACGACCAUUUUUUUAUUCAUCGCGCUAGCAUAAUCGUUGCGUAAUAUUGUCAGAGAAAAUUUACUGAUCUGUCAAGAAUUGUAAUCUGCAGUAGCAAUCGCUUGAAAAAUUAUAAAACAUCAAAACGGUAAAUUUCUUAAUCAAGUCACAUCUUCUACAGCAAAUGAUAAACUAUAUAGCUUUUAUAUUACAUUUUCUACAGAGAAAUCUUUAUUAGCAUCAAUUUUGCGAUUAAUUUCAUCAAAGCAUUCGACCAAGAUAAAACGUGUAGGAGCUUAAAAAUGCGCCUCACCUCUUCGAUUUUAACAGUGACAAAAUACCAUAAAAAAUUGAAUUUAUGAGUGCUGACCAGUUUUCUUCGUUCCUUGUUCACGACGAUACUCAGUUAUCGUCCUUAUUGGACGAUUUGGAGAAAACAGCUUUGCUAUAUGUGAGAAAGCAGAACUGAAACCCGCCAAUCGGCUAUCAAGGAUUACGCGCGUUGCCUCAAAGAUAAGCUCUCUACGGUAUUUACAUUUAAUUCGCUCUCAUAUAUUUGCUGGCGUCUCAAGGAGAUUGCGGCAGAUCUUGAUUAAUUAUUGAUACAUUUCAAAGAUUCCCGCAUUUCGUGUAAUUUGUAUUUAAAUAAACUUUAAAUGCAUGUGUAUGUGCGUAUAAUAUAUAAAAUAUAUAAAAAGAUUAGUCAUAAAUUUAUUCAGAAAAAAAUAAAUUCUAAAUUGUAAAAUUACAAGUUUUCGUACAUUUCAAUUAUUAAUUUAAUUACAUUUUAGAAUCGUGUUAGUUAAUAGUUUUAUUUUUAGAUAUUUGCUAAAUUAAAAUCACGAUCAAAAUACUAUUAGAUAAAUUUGCAUUACUUUUUCACAAAAUUUAUUGAAAAAGAUCAAUUUCGUGGUAUUUAUGAACGUAAUUUUCUAUUAUUAAAGAUAAAAAAGAAAAUAGUUUUCUCACGUAUUAUUUGACACAUCCGUAGGAAAUAUGUAUGCUAUAAUACAAAGGAAAAGAAUAGAUUUAAUGAAAAAGACAGUUCUUUGAAAGAAAAUACCUCACACAAACGGGUCGUUUUCUUUUUUUGAUAUUACAAAGAGUUAGCCAAAGAAGGUGGCGUGUUAAUAUGGUCACGAAAGAACGCACGCUACUACAUGAAAACACAAGGGAGCGACCACCACAAAAGUUGAAAAGGAUAGUUAUAAAAUAUUGUCAUCUAAAGAUUAUGUGAUAAUAUCAUCGAUAUGUUAAUAUAUAUUAUAGUGCAUUUUUACAUUUAGAUUAGCAAAUAUUAGUAUAUUUUUUGCAUUCAACUAUGUACACACAUGUACAUACGAAUUUAGAUAGACACUAUCAAUAUUUAUAUUUGUUUCUUGCUCUAAUUACUCCUCCUUCCCCUCUCCAAUCAGAUACUCUAGUAUUUGCACAACUUCUAUACGCUUUAGAUAUUCUCAAAUAAUCAGUUUCUAAAUUAGGGAAAAAAUAUAAAAUUCUAGAAAAACUUGCACAGUGUAAUUACAUCAGUUGUUCUUAUUGUAUGAAUUAUUUAGAAUAAUUAAUACGCUAAAGUAAUAUACCAUGUCCUAAAACGAGAAAGGAAAAGGGAAAGGAAUCUAGAUUUGUUCAAGUUCCUGGGGUAUUCGUCGUUGAACUCGAGGGAGCAUCAACGUUACGGAGCAAUGGUGGUCAUAAAAAAACAUAAAAAAUGUACAGCUUGGUAAACGGCGCACGGCGAUAGCCGCGAUAUGAAAAUGGAAGCGGUAAUUAAAACGUCGGCGAGGAUUGUCGGCUAUCUCGGAUACUGAUUGCUUCCAGACCGUGAUUAGGGCUGCUGAAAAUGAGUCAGUCUCCCCGUCGGGCGCUCGCUCUCCACACUGACUGGUGGACCGAACGAUGGAAUCCGGUGGGCAACCACGCAGUUAACUUUUUGCUUGCACACUUAUAUUUUAUAUGCACAUUUUAUAUACAUAUGCACAUUUUAUAUACAACAUUCUUUUUCAAUAAGAGCAAUAAGCGACAUUGGUGAGAGAUCGCAAAAAUAUCCUCCGAAUGAUAUUUCUGUUGGUUGUUAUCACAUUUUUGGAGUCACACUCUCGCGGCACAAAGGUUAUGACAGAUUCGAUGUCCCUUCUUGCACAUCUGAGAAUACAUACUCACGCAGCGUGUGAUAUAAAAUAUAUAAUUUCUCUUAAUGUUCCUUUCCAUGCUGUAUUAUGAAUCGAUUCGGCGAAGUAUUCUCAGCCUUGCGUGCAGUAUACUCAUUAGUGCAAUUAUGUACUUUAAUAGUCCUUUCUCGACUCGUCGGCACAAAAAAUCGAUCGUCGCCGAUUUAUGUCGCAUGUGCGAGGAUUCGUGAUCGCUUCUAAUAGUUGCAACAAGCGUUCGGCGAAUCGUCGGCGGGAUUAGUCCCGCUUUGCAGUAAGCAGCAUCAAUGUAAUCAGACAGGUCGCUCAGAGUGGCCUUAACGACGGUCGUAAACGCGGCUCGCUUUACAGCUCGGUGGAUAUUUUUUUCUCUUUUUCUUCUUCUACGGUGUAUUUCUCCUACCUCGUCGUCGUCGUCGCUGCUUUCUUGUUCUCCUUAAAGCACCUUUUACGUUCUCGCAUUGCCGCAAAGCCGUGGCGCACCCCAGUCUUCCGCUUAUUUUGCUCUGGGCAUAGUAAACUACUAGAGUUUAUGUGACAGAUGUUAGAAUAAAGUCAAAGUGGUCUCAUACCUCACAGAAUGUCGAUGAUCUAACUAAAAUUCGCGGAUUUAUCCUUUGGUAAGUCGUUAAUCGGCAAAUGAAAUCGCGAUAUUAUAUUUUACAGUUGAACUUGAGUUUGAUUGAUUCCCGCGUAUUAUUAAUGUUUCUUGUAUAAUCACAUUGUUGCUCCUAUAUACUUUUUUAAUUCAUACCUUUCUCAUAACUUUUAUUAUUCAAAUAAUACAAUGUAUUCGUCAUGAUGUCUCUUCUCUCUUAUAAUUUUUUUCAAAUAUCCCAUUGUUUUUUCAUGCCUCUUUAUAAGUACGACGGUAAGAAUAUCUUUGCCAAAUUAACGAAAUUAUACUUGUUGAUUGCAAUUCAUAUACUCUGGCUUCGCAUCUGCUGCAAUGUCUGCUAGUCAUUAUAAAUAACGUAAUUGCUAUUACACGUUGACAUGCACAGUCCUUUCAUUAACGACGCGUCUGUACUAACAUCACCACACAAUCAAAAUUAUCGAUAAUUAACAAGUAGCCAACGAUAAAAUUAGUGAAAUUGUUACGAGAUAUUAUCUCUGACCUUGAUGGGACGAAUGUCGGCCUUAUUCUCUAAGGAUGAAGUCGCAAUUUUCAAGACAAAGCAACAAUUAACAGUGCCGAAGUACGUGAAUCGUCACAAAUACCGCUUCUCUUGCUCAUCAUCCUCCUUUUCGUAACCAAGAACCGGGAGCGUUAAGUAGUGUAACAGACCCGGCAUCACUGGCAAAGGGAGUUUUACUACUUUCUAACCACAGUCGCGGACUACAAUUAAACCUCCAUAAACUUCGUCGUAACUUUUUUUAAAAGCGACCGACUGCGCGUUCGCACACGCUCCGUUCGUUUACUCAGCAAAAAGCCCGCCAUAUUGCAUCUCUAAUGAAGCCCCGAGACGAUACGGGUGUUAACGUCUUCCGGUCGACCCUAAAAUCUCCUCAUUCGAUUAUGUCGCUUAUUAUAGAACUUUCGCGAAAAUAAGAAUUUUUACUUAUUCCGAGACCUACGGUGAAAUGUCAUUAAACGCGCGUAAAGGCCGUUCGAUAUUAGUCGCAAGCAAUCAAUUGCGAUUUACGACAGCCAAUGAGUAUCGAGUUUUCAUGUAGAACUCAAUGCUUGCGACUAAUGUAGAACGGCCUUUAGACGACCUAAAGAAGGCCUGCCGAACAAUUAUCGGUUAUGGGUAAUAACAGGUUACACACUUUUAUCGCGAAAUUUUCGAUAAGCAAAUUGUCCAAGACAGAAUCGAUAUGCCGAGUUUAGCGUGACACGUAGAAAGACAAUACACGAAAUAACUGAUAUAAUUCGCGUCGUAUAAUCCGCCACAAAACUUUAUUUUUUGAAUAUAUAAAAGGAGCAUUGUCUCUCAUGUAGAUUUUCCCUCGUAAGCCUUCUUGUCGGUGUACUUGUCAAAAGUGACGUCCUUCAGCAAUCACGCUAACGGCUAAGGAACCGUCAAACAAGUUUAUUUGGUGUUCGCUGAAGAUCCUAGCUGCUCGAAGGCGAAAAGAGUUGAAGAAAAAUGAAAAGAGGAAGAAGAAGAAGAAGAAGGAAGAUUGAGGAAAGAACCCUGGCAACCCGGCAUGCGGGACUUUAGCGGAGACUGACGUUUACGGCUCGGAGCGGUCGACCUAGCGCCAGUAAAACUUGAGAAGAAAUACAAGCGAAGUCCGCAUCGACAGUUAAAGUCAUACGCGCGAAAAUACAACCAGGCUUCUAUGAAAUACGACGUACUUGCCCACCUAACUCUGGUGAGCGAAACCACUGGGGUCCACCCGGGAUACGCGUCUCGUUAAUGAAGGUGGCCGCGCCUCUUACCAAUCUGCGAUCCGCAAUCGAUAAACAAAUUCUUUACGCAAUGGACAAGAUAGUCUUUCUUUAAUGAAAUUAUCGAAGCUUCUUGGAAGAAUAAACACGAAAUGUUUUUAUUUCAAAACGGUGCAAUGCAAUUCGAUUUUUAUGCAUGAUAAUGGUGUAAAUUGACAAAUUAGCACACCAUCAUGCAAAGAAUAUAAAUAAUUUUUAUCUCGAAUAAUCAAUUAGUUUAUUCAAAUAUCAAUAUACAAAUUAAUAGAAUUUAUUUUGCUCGCAAAAGUUUAUCGGGGCGUAUAUAAUUGUAACAUUAAAA